GCCAGAUUCCAAGCAUGGGCGAUACGUCGAAACAAGCUCUGCGGACAACACCGUUCCAAGAGAAGCAUGGCGUGAUGUAUGGUCUCCAUGUCCGGUCUCGGGACUCCAAGGGCGAAGCCGUCUCUGUGCAGUGCCGCUUUUGUGUGCAUUUUGGCCGAGAAGAGCGACAAGGCGCCACACUCCGGAAGAAGCUCACCACAGUCAAAGUGUUUGUGCCGCCAUAUCGUCCUGAGAACUACCGACAUCACAAUGCGACGCAACAUCCAAAGGUGUGGGCGCAGUACCAGGCUCUAUCGCCGGAGGAGAAAUUGAUCUUCUUUGCCAGUCCACCGAGUCCAACUAUCGUUCAGCCUUGUGCAGCUCUAUCGAAUAACACGGUUCGAGAAGACAGUGGCAACCACAUCGCCCCGGCGCGGACACAUCAUGACGGUGACAUGGACUUAGCGAAAGAAGCAUGCGCACAGGUCCAGGCGCUCAAGGACGUCCUAGAAGAUCGGUACUUCAACGCAGUGGACUUGCUGACGGACCCUUCCGCGGCGCGCGCAUUCUUAGUCGUGGCACCGGUCGACCGGGCUGGCUGGCUGCAGUGGAAACUCGCUCAGCACCAGCUUGCUUCAUCGACAACGGGUGUAAAACCAGUCUCAAUCUAAUUUAGCAACGUUGUGGUGGACCUCAAGAAGACGCCAUCGAACCCUGUGGGGGUGUCAACGCCAUGGAGCGUAGCUCGCUCAAGUUUGAAUGAAAUAGGUAGCUCUGCUGCACUUGUUAGCACAUCCAAGAAUCCGUCGUCGCGUCCGACGACGCAUCACCGGCGAAUGGU